AGCAUGGGUUCAAAUCACGCCUAUGCGAAGAAUGCAUUACCUGGGGGUGGUCUUCUCCAACGCAUGAUAUUCAAAGUCGCCAUCAUGUUUAUGGUCUUGACCACCGUAACAGCAGUAAUCCUGCGCCUAUGGGCAAAAUUACGGACUGGAAAACGGAAACUUGCUGUUGAUGAUUACAGCAUGCUGACAGCUUGGAUACUCACGCUAGGCGAAGUCAUGUUCAUGCUUUCAACCAUAUUCCUCAAAAUCUCGCUCAUGCUCUUCUAUCGUCAAUUUGUCUGGAAGCAAUGGCAGCGCCGUGCCAUUAUCAUCGCAGGAGGAUGCUCCAUCAUUCUUUCCCUCAUCGCCCUCUUCUUGUCGCUCUUUCAAUGCGGCACUCUCAAACACAUUGCACACCGACAGAUUAGCGGCAAAUGUGUGCAACGCAAUAGAUUUGUGCCUCUGCUCUAUCUCCAUGGAGCGACUGGUGCUGUCACAGACUGGGCUUUUGCGCUAUUACCUGUCUCUGUGCUUAUCAAAUCAUCACUCAAAACCCAUAUCAAACUCUCGGUCUGUAUUCUGCUUACAUUGGGCGUGACCGGCAGCGUGGCUGCAUGCUUCCGGACCGCAUAUGUUUAUGGCGUCUGGUUUGAUCCUGUUUUCCUCGAUCCAACUGCUCAUAUCAGCUUUUACGACCACUCGGCUCCCGAGAUUGUGCUGGCUCUUACGGAACUUGGUUUUGGAAUCUCGGCGGCUAGUCUGGCAUGCUUGCAACCACUCUUUCGACACUUGGUGCACAAGACGCGGAACUGGAUUCAGAGGUGUUUCUCGGACGAGUCAGAUCAUACUACUGGUGCAGUGAGGUCGCAUAUGGGACUGUUGCCACAAUUCGAGUUGCGAGGCAGGAAAGUCGUGGGAGCGGUCUCGAAGCAAGCACAAGGCCGGGCGUGCGAGACACCAACACCAGAAUAUCCACCACAUCCAGCGGUCCGUAGGCAUGGCUUUGCGGAUACGGGCAGUGGCCCCAGCAGUCCAGGGGUUAUGUCUCUCAGUCGACGAAAAUCUUCGCAGGGUGUCCUGCCUACACUCGACGGCAUUGUCGAAGCAGGUGAUCAGCAAGAGCAUCGCAAAUUAAUCCGACAACGCAAACCCAGCUUGGUUAUUGGUGUACUACCUACUAUUGCGACAGAGACUGGUGCCGAAGAGGACGAUUAUGGCUCCGGUCGAAUGGUGGUGGAUACACCGGUCCAGGCCACGUUCAAAAUGGAUGAUGAUGAUGAUGAUCGGAUUUCGAGGAUGGAUUCAUAG